AUGAUUUCGACUCUAGUCUUCAUUUUUCUCCUAAGCCUCUGUUGUCCUUUUGCAUCAAGUCAGAUGACAAGUGUAGGAGUAGGAGGUGAUGUCAAGCACCAGAUGCUCGCAGAGAUGAGAGAGACGAACCUGGCGCUGAAGGAAGUCAGAGAUUUGCUGAAGCAGCAGAUUAAGGAGAUCACGUUCCUGAAAAACACAGUCAUGGAGUGCGAUGCCUGCGGCAUGCACCCAGGGGCAACUGGCCCAGGGAUCAGCAUAACACGAUUUCCCAGAUGUUUGCCAAACCCUUGUUUCCCUGGAGUUACCUGCACAGAGACUGACUCUGGCUUUCACUGUGGACCCUGCCCCCUGGGCUUCACAGGCAACGGGACCCACUGCACAGAUAUCAAUGAGUGCAGCACAAACCCCUGCUUCCCAAGAGUCAACUGCGUUAACACUGCCCCUGGCUUCCAUUGUGACCCCUGUCCCACCGGCUACACUGGGCCAGCACCCCAAGGGGUUGGGCUAGCGUUCGCCAGAGCCAACAAACAGGUUUGUACAGACAUCAACGAAUGUGAGACAGACAGCGCCAGGGCUUGCGUCCCAAACUCCAUCUGCAUGAACACUCGGGGAUCCUACAAGUGCGGGUCCUGUAAGCCUGGCUUUGUUGGGGACCAGAUUGCUGGGUGCAGAAGCCAGGCGGAGAGACGCUGUCCCAACGGGGAACUCAGUCCGUGCCAUGAAAGAGCUCGCUGCAUCGUUGAACGGGAUGGGACCAUCUCGUGUGUGUGCGUUGUCGGGUGGGCCGGGAACGGCUACGUCUGCGGGAGAGACACAGACAUCGAUGGAUUCCCGGAUGAGAAGCUGCGCUGCAAAGACCGAAAAUGCCGCAAGGAUAACUGCGUGGCCGUCCCCAACUCCGGCCAGGAGGACGCGGACAGGGAUGGCAUCGGCGACGCGUGCGAUGACGACGCUGAUGGAGAUGGGAUAUUAAAUGCAGAGGACAACUGCGUCCUUGUGCGCAACACAGACCAGCGCAACACGGACAAGGAUAGCUUCGGCGACGCCUGCGACAACUGCCGGCACGUGAAGAACAAUGACCAGCGGGACAGCGACAGCGAUGGGAAGGGAGACGCGUGUGACGAUGACAUAGAUGGAGACAAGAUCAAAAACAUGGUGGACAACUGUAAAAACACCCCCAACCCUGAUCAGAAAGACAGCGAUGGGGACGGAGUGGGGGACGUGUGUGACAGCUGCCCCACCAUCAGUAACCCAGACCAGAAAGAUACUGACCACGACCUCGUGGGGGAUCUGUGCGACACCAACCAGGACCGGGACGGGGACGGCCACCAGGACUCCCAUGAUAACUGCCCCUCGGUGCCCAACAGCUCCCAGCUGGACACAGACCAUGACGGGAUUGGAGAUGAAUGUGAUGACGAUGAUGACAAUGAUGGGAUUCCGGAUCUAAGGCCUCCCGGCCCUGACAACUGCCGGCUAGUCUCCAACCCCGGCCAAGACGAUUCAGACAGUGAUGGUGUGGGAGAUCUCUGUGAAGAUGACUUUGACCAAGACCAGGUGAUUGACAGAAUCGACGUGUGCCCAGAGAAUGCAGAGGUGACUCUGACAGAUUUCAGGGCUUUCCAGACAGUUGUGUUGGACCCUGAGGGCGACGCACAGAUUGACCCUAACUGGAUUGUCCUCAAUCAGGGCAUGGAAAUUGUCCAGACCAUGAACAGCGAUCCUGGCCUGGCUGUGGGUUACACUGCAUUCAACGGGGUGGAUUUUGAGGGCACCUUCCACGUGAACACUGCCACGGACGACGAUUAUGCAGGCUUUAUCUUCGGUUACCAGGACAGCUCCAGUUUCUAUGUGGUGAUGUGGAAGCAGAUGGAGCAGACAUACUGGCAGGCAAACCCCUUCCGAGCCGUAGCAGAGCCCGGAAUUCAGCUGAAGGCAGUGAAAUCUAAUACAGGGCCAGGAGAAUAUCUCCGUAAUUCCCUUUGGCACACUGGAGACACAACAGACCAGGUCAAACUGCUAUGGAAAGACCCCAGGAAUUCUGGCUGGAAGGACAAGACCUCGUAUCGUUGGUUCCUACAGCACCGGCCUCAAGUUGGAUACAUCAGGGCUCGCUUCUAUGAAGGCCCUGAAAUGGUAGCAGACAGCGGAGUCGUCCUUGAUACAACCAUGCGAGGGGGUCGCCUGGGGGUCUUCUGCUUCUCCCAGGAGAAUAUUAUCUGGUCCAACCUGCGUUACCGCUGCAAUGAUACCAUUCCUGAAGAUUAUGAGAUAUUCCGAACUCAGCUGGACCAGCCCAUGGCUUAA